UCCAGGCACAAGCUCGCAGUCUCUCUGGCCCUCACCCUGGCUGUACCCUCUCUUUCCUCUCUCACUUUCGACUGUUUGUUGUGCUACUGAAAACUGUCAAGCCAGAAAGGACUACUUCCUCUUCCUUUGGUUUUGGAUACCCGCUCCAUGCUUCAGCAUGGCUGACCGCACCAUUCCCCAUGCUUACCCCAUGAGUAUGAACUAUGAGAUGUGCACUCCUGCCCGGAUCUAUGACCAGAACUUUGCAGAAGCACUGAGUCCUCAGGACCUGAUGGCCCCAGUCUUGUUCCACGGCUACUACAUUAGGCCUCGAAUCAACAAACAGCUGGAGAGGGGCUUCUCUCAGGUGGACAGCGAUGACGACUGGUACCGUGUUCAGCUGGACGUCUGUCAAUUCACCCCAGAUGAGCUAAACGUACGCACGGUGGACAACCUGCUGGAGGUGACCGGGCGCCACGCGCAGAGAAUGGACCAGCACGGCUUUGUAAGUCGAGAGUUCGCGCGAACCUACAUCCUUCCCAUGGGUGUAGACCCACUACUGCUCCAAGUCUCCCUCUCACACGAUGGCAUACUGUGCAUUCAGGCACCAAGGAAGGUCCAGGAUCUGGAGCCAAAGAUCAAUCAGCUCAAGAUUAGAGUGGACAAGAAGGGAGGGAAGAGCAGCUAAAGUGGACAGAGAUUUUGAUCUUUUGAGGAAGUAAACAUUCGUUUUUGGGAAUAAAGAUAAUACCCGGCCCUUUCUCUGAUUUCACAUCCCCAUGCUUACUUCCUCAAGCUCUGUUAAUUAUGGGUAGCUAGCCAAAGUACCACUGAAAGAAAAUUGAAAUUGUGGAGGGCUGGAUUUCUCUCACUGAUGUCACACACAUGCUUUUACAGUGACAGAGAGUGAACAGAGCAUAGUUUGUACUUGAUUGUGUAUUUUUUAUGGCUGUUGCUACAUAGAAUGCUGAUAAAUGGCAGCAAUGAAGAAGCUAGGAAUGCUCGACUGGAUUCAGCAAAGAUUGGAGACUUUAUCCUCAUAAAUGCAACUGGUAAUCACCCAAAUCUAUAUGGAAAUAGCCGGGAAAGUGCACUCAUGAUGUACCCGAAUCUGAAAGCUGCUGCUACAUUUAUACCAAAGUGCCGUAAAGCAUGCAGCUACAGUCCCACCGAACGCGGUUAUGCAAGUGCUUUGGUCGUGCUUGAACUUUGUGGUUCAGUCUAAUGCAAAAUUUGGGCACCACUGGUCAAAUGACAUGUUUUGUUGAUCUUCCAAAUGAAAAGAAGUUUUAAUAUGUCCCCUACAGAGAA